AUGAGAAAGGGAAUAUUAAACAAGAAAGGUAGUGUUCGUAAAGAAGAAAGCACAGCGUCCGUGGCUCGGGGCCUCAGCAGCUACAUCGACAGCCUGGCAGGUGGCGCUAUGGAGAACGCCACCAUGGAGGUGAUGCCCAUGGGUGUAUCCUUCCUGUCGCCCUUCCCGGACUUCUUCGCCUUUGGCAUCGUCAUGUUACUCACAGGAGUACUGUCGCUAGGCGUCAAGGAAUCCACCAUCCUUAACAAUUUGUUCACGGGCCUCAACAUCGUCACUGUGCUCAUUGUCAUCAUAGCUGGUUCUUUGAAGGCGGACGCGGGCAACUGGCGGCUGGUGCGGGCGAGGGGGGCGCCACCGACCCGGCCCUGGUGGGCACGGGCGGCUUCAUGCCUUCGGCGUGGCGGGCGUCAUGGCGGCGCCGCCAAGUGCUUCUACGGCUUCGUCGGCUUCGACUGCGUCGCCACCACCGGGGAGGAGGCGAAGAACCCGCAGAAGUCCAUCCCGCUGGCCAUCGUGGUGUCGCUCGUCAUCAUCUUUCUCGCCUACUUCGGCAUCUCCACGGUGCUCACCCUCAUGUGCCCCUACUACAUGCAGGACGAGAAGGCGCCGCUGCCGUACGUGUUCACGCAGGUGGGCUGGCCCGUCAUCAAGUGGAUCGUCACCACCGGCGCCGUCUUCGCGCUCUGCACCAGCCUGCUGGGCGCCAUGUUCCCGCUGCCGCGCAUCCUGUACGCGAUGGCGACGGACGGGCUGCUGUUCGCGUGGCUGGCUCGCAUCCACCCGCGCUCCAAGACGCCCAUGCUGGCAACGGUGGCGUCGGGGCUGCUCGCCGCCAUCAUGGCCACCAUCUUCGACGUCAACCAGCUCAUCGACAUGAUGUCCAUCGGCACGCUGCUCGCCUACACCAUCGUCGCCAUCUGCGUGCUCAUCCUCAGGUACGAGGAGCCGUCGUACGCGCCGUCGGUGUCGGGGCGGCGGCCGCGCGGCGCGGCGGACGUGCUGCUGUGGGCGCUGGGGCACCUGGGCAACCUGUCGGGGGCCAAGACGCCCUCCGCCACCUCCGCGCGCAUCACCAAGUGGGCCAUCUGCGUCUACACGCUGCUGUGGGCUGGUGUGCGGCGUGGUGAUGCCCACUGCGAGUCGCACGGCCGCGCGGGCGACGCCCGGGGAGUGCUGCCGCGCUGGUCGUGGUGGGCGCGCUGGUGCUGCUCACGCUCUUCGUGUGGCGCCGCCCCCGUCCUAGCGCCAAGCUCACUUCAAGAAGAAGAAGAAGAAGAAGAAAGAAGAAAGAAGAAAGAAGAGCAGAGGACGAAGAAAGAAGAAGAGAACCAAGGAGAAGAGAACGACCAGGGCAGCCGAAUGGAGGAAGUGGGGCCGCGCCCUGGGUUCUUUUCGAACCAUUGGUUUAACCAAGGUUUAACUACUGCAAAUGUGUACAAAUCAUUACGAAUAAAAGUAAAUUAUACUUUUUUUGUUGAAGAAAGUUGGUGUAAUUCUAAA